GCAGGACUGACGUGAUUAAACGAAUCAUAAUUCCGAGUGAUUGAUCCGCCGUUGGUUGAUUGAACGCAACCAUGGCCGUCAAUGUUUAUUCGACUAGUGCUAUGCCUGACUCCAUGAGUCGGCAUGAUUAUUUGCACUGGGUCAAUACCUGCCUUAAGACGGAGUUCAAGAAGAUUGAGGAACUUUGCACUGGUGCCGCCUACUGCCAAUUCAUGGACAUGCUCUUCUUAGGUGCGGUAAACUUGAAAAAAGUUAAAAUGACGACGAAUCUCGAGCACGAGUAUAUCCACAAUUUCAAAAUCCUCCAAGCUGCGAUGAAGAAAAUGAGUGUUGAUAAGGCUGUUCCGGUGGACCGUUUGGUGAAGGGCAAGUUCCAAGACAAUUUCGAGUUUUUGCAAUGGUUUAAGAAGUUUUUUGACGCCAACUACAACGGUGAUGUGUAUGAUGCAUUGGAAGCUCGAGGCGGAGAGGAAAUGGGUCUCAAGAAAGGUACAGGCGGUCCUGGAAAGCCGGCCGGCGGAAUCCCAGCUGCUCGUCGUGUUGUUUCGCCAGUAAAAUCCUCUGUUCCUGCUGCCCCUGCUGCUCGGAAACCUUCGGGAGUCGUGAGGUCAGCCUUGCAGCCG